CAGGUCUUCCCAGUCUUGCCAAGCUGGUGUGGUGCUCGUGUUUCCCCAUCUCGUCGUGGAGCGUCGCUGCCGAGUGGGCGCUAGUGUUCGCGUCGUCAUGGCUGGUUACGAAUACGUGAGCCCGGAGCAGCUGGCCGGCUUUGAUAAAUACAAGUACAGUGCUGUGGAUACCAAUCCACUCUCUCUGUAUGUCAUGCAUCCAUUUUGGAACACUGUAGUAAAGGUAUUUCCUACUUGGCUGGCUCCAAAUCUGAUAACCUUUUCUGGCUUUCUGCUGGUUGUGUUCAAUUUUCUGCUUAUGGCAUACUUUGAUCCUGACUUUUAUGCUUCAGCACCAGGUCACAAGCAUGUACCUGAUUGGGUUUGGAUUGUAGUGGGCAUCCUCAACUUCGUAGCCUACACUCUAGAUGGUGUGGAUGGAAAGCAAGCCCGUAGAACCAAUUCCAGCACCCCGUUAGGGGAGCUUUUUGACCAUGGCCUGGAUAGUUGGUCAUGUGUUUACUUUGUUGUAACUGUGUAUUCCAUUUUUGGACGAGGAUCAUCUGGUGUCAGUGUUUUUGUUCUUUAUCUCCUGCUAUGGGUAGUUUUAUUUUCUUUCAUCCUGUCCCACUGGGAAAAGUAUAACACAGGGAUUCUUUUCCUGCCAUGGGGAUAUGAUGUUAGCCAGGUGACUAUUUCUUUUGUCUACAUAGUGACUGCGAUUGUGGGAGUUGAGGCCUGGUAUGAACCUUUCCUGUUUAAUUUCUUAUAUAGAGACCUAUUCACUGCAAUGAUCAUUGGUUGUGCAUUAUGCGUGACUCUUCCAAUGAGUUUAUUAAACUUUUUCAGAAGCUAUAAAAAUAACACCUUGAAACACAAUUCAGUCUAUGAAGCUAUGGUUCCCUUCUUUUCUCCAUGUUUGCUAUUCAUUUUGUCUACAGCAUGGAUCCUCCGGUCACCUUCAGAUAUUUUAGAGUUACAUCCUAGAGUAUUCUACUUAAUGGUUGGAACAGCCUUUGCCAAUAUCACAUGUCAGCUGAUUGUUUGUCAAAUGAGCAGUACCCGGUGCCCAACUUUGAAUUGGUUUCUGGUUCCUCUCUUCUUGGUUGUCAUAGUGGUAAAUGUAGGAGUAGCCUCUUACAUUGAGAGCGUUCUCCUGUUUACAUUAACGACUGCUUUCACUCUGGCCCACAUCCAUUAUGGAGUACGAGUGGUAAAGCAGCUGAGCAGCCAUUUUCAGAUUUACCCCUUCUCAUUGAGGAAACCAAACUCGGAUUGACUAGGAAUGGAAGAAAAGAAUAUCGGCCUGUAAUCUACAGAGAGAAGUACUGUAAAUAAGAUGCUUGUAAAUAUUUCAUCCAUCACCAUUGAACUAAAUUGAUCUGCUUAACAGACAUGGGAACUCAGUGUGUGUGGUACUUGGACAGCAGGAGUGAUACAUAUGAUCUGAACUUGUGGAAUUUUGGACCUACUAACUCCCAGCUUCUUUUAUUUUGUUUUUUAUAAAGCCAUGUGAUGUUUUGGUUAAACAUAAUAUACAUUAGACCAGCAAAAUGUUCCUAGUAAUUUUACCUUCAGGAGUCCGUAAUGUUUUGGUUCAUACAGAGUUAAAGAUGCCUUGGUUUUUAUUUUUAAAACCCCCAAAUUUGUUUAGGAACACUGAUAACAUUCAGAAGACCCAAUAUGUUUUCAUAUUUGGUACUUAGUAGUAGGUCUUUAGCUGUGGAAGCUAUCAGUAGCCCAAAUCCAACAUAAGGAAAAGAUAAGAGCAAGUCACCUUCAGCAAGAGAUGCCAAAUGAUUACAAAACAAUAUACAGUUGCCAAAUACUGGUUUCUCUUUCCCAUGGAAAUGCCUUUUGUCCUCAUGUGCUAAG